AUGAUGUCUGUACCCAAUGCAACAGAGAACGCAUUCUCCACCUUCCUAGUGACAGGAAUCCCUGGACUAGAGGCCAUAUAUAUGUGGCUCUCUAUUCCCUUUAGUGCCAUGUUUCUAGUGACUUUGGCAGGCAAUAUCACCAUCAUGUUGGUUAUCUGGACUGAGAGAAGCCUCCAUGCCCCCAUGUACUUUUUUCUGGCAAUGUUGGCAGCCUCAGACCUAGGUCUGUCCCUCUGCACAUUCCCCACUAUGCUAAGGAUCUUCUGGCUGAAGGCCCGGGAGAUGAGCUUCCCUGCCUGUUUCAUUCAGAUGUUCUUCAUCCACACCUUCCAGGAUUUUGAAUCAGCUGUGAUUUUGGCUAUGGCCUUUGAUCGUGUUGUGGCCAUUUCCAAACCCUUGCACUAUGCUUCCAUCCUUACCAGUGGGGCAAUCACCAAGAUUGGUCUGGCCAUUUUGAUACGGACAAUUGCAGUACAAAUUCCCCUUCCCAUCUUGCUGAGAAGGUUACACUUCUGUCGUUCUAAUGUGCUCUCCCACUCCUACUGCCUACAUCCAGACAUCAUCAAGCUCUCCUGCUCAAAUACCAGAAUAAACAGCAUCUUUGGCUUAUUUGUUGUUCUAUCCACCAUGGGCCUUGAUUUCCUUCUCAUUCUCUUCUCCUAUGUCCUGAUUCUAAAGACUGUGCUGAACAUUGCAUCCCAUGUGGGACGUCUCAAGGCCCUCAACACCUGCAUCUCCCAUCUUUGUGCUGUGGUCCUUUUCUUUACUCCCAUGAUCUGCCUGUCAAUGCUACAUAGGUUUGGACCAAAGCUUCCUUCCCAUGUUUAUGUGCUUAUAGCUAACAUGCACUUCCUCAUUCCCCCUGUGAUGAACCCUAUUGUUUAUGUAGUGAAGACCAAACAAAUCCGAGAUACAAUCAUUAAGGUAUUUCAUAGAAAGGGACCAGAGGAAUCUUAA